AUGUCUGGACGCGGUGCCCCCGGUGCCAACUCUCGUGGCCGCGGAGGCAAAUUCAAGAAGUUCACUCGAGGCGGCGGAAAACACUUCUCUCGUGACCUUCGACCCCUCGACGCCGAUGGCAACGAGAUCAGCAUGUGGAGCGAAGGUGCCCAAAAGGAAGAGAGCGAAAGCGACUCCGAAGAGGACUCUGAAGAAGACUCCGAGGAAGACUCCGACGCUGGUCCGUCUCAACAACAGACCGAAUUGACCCGAGAAGAACGCAAGCAGGCCAAGAAGGCUCAGAAGGAGGCUGCCAUCGCCAGAAAGAACAAGCCUGUGCAGGUUGGCGAUAUGCCCACCGACUCCGAAGAGGAAGAAGACGAGGACGACGCCAUGCCCGCCAACCCUAACCACUCCAAGGCUGCGCGUAACCAGGCUAAGGCUCCGCCUAAGUCUGACGACGUCGAGGAGGCUACCGAAGGAGUCCAAAAACUCGCCAUGAGCCGAAAGGAGCGCGAGUCUAUGGAAGCCCAGCAGGCCAAGGAGAGGUAUCGCAAGCUUCAUGAGGCAGGCAAGACAGACGAGGCCAAGGCCGACUUGGCCCGUCUACAGCUCAUCCGAGAGAAGCGAGCUGCCGAAGCCGCGCGAAAGCAGGCUGAGAAGGAAGAGCGUGAGGCUCACGAGAAGGCGCGAAAGGCCGAGAUCGAGGCUAAGGAGGCCAAGAAGCGCGAGGCUGCUCUGGGAAAGCCCGGAAAGAAGGGACGAGCUAAAUGA